AUGGGGGGCCUUCGGCUUCAGGAAAAAGGGAUUUCCUGUCCUGUGGCCAGCAUCGGCUCCACCCCGUCCUGCAGCCACCCCGUGCCUGAGAUGGCCAAACUUCAGGAAGUCCAUCCUGGGAAUUACAUCUUCUAUGAUGCUCAGCAGAUGAUGAUUGGGUCUUGCCAGCUGAAGGAUAUCGCAGUCCGGGUGCUGACCAGGGUGACGGGUCACUACCAGCAUAGGAACCAGAUGCUCAUCGACUGCGGCUGGACCGCGCUCAGCCUCCACAGUCUGGGCAAGCUGCCCACAGGAUACGCCCUCGUGGAGGGGCACCCCAACCUCAAGUUGGUGGGGCUGACCCAGGAGCACGGACGGAUCGAGGCCAUCUCAGGGAAUCUGGACUUCGCUCAGUUUCCCCUGGGAAGCCAUCUGUCUUUGAUCCCUUACCAUUCCUGUGCCACAGCCGCUAUGCACCCCGUUUACUAUGUCCACACCAAGGGCCAGGUGGUGGCCACAUGGAAACCCGUCAAAGGGUGGUAGGAAGGCUCAGAGGAGAUUUCGGAUCGGUCCGGAGGAUGGAUUUUCGGAAGGAAAGCUGGCGUAGGCUCCGGACGCAGACUCUUGGAGGAUUUGGACUAGACUGAUCUGAACCGGCAGAAAUUGUCUUUGCGUCAAAUUGUGUUUGAUUCUUAAGAUGGGUGAGUAUUCCGUGCAGAUACAUCCAGGUAGCCCAGGCACUAAUCUAGCGCUUUUCUACACUGCUUUAGCACACCACUUUCAAACACUAAAUAGAUAAUAUCUUCAAAUACAUGGAUGAUUUAAUAGAUAAUAUCUUCAAAUAGAUAAUAUCUUCAAAUAACAUGGAUGAUUUAAAAAAAUUGAUAAUAUCUUCAAAUACAGAGGUAAUAACAUAGAUUAAAAAAAUAGAUAAUAUCUUCAAAUACAGAGGUAAUAACAUGGAUGAUUAAAAUACAGAGGAAAUAACAUGGAUGAUUAAUAACAUGGAUGAUUCAAAUACAGAGGUAAUAACAUGGAUGAUCAAUGGGCCCUGCGGAACGACCCAGGCUCGCCCGAUCUCUUCGGAUGUUAGAAGGGAAGCAGAGUCUGGUUAAUAUUUGGAGGGCGACCACCGAGGAAAUCCAAGAUGGCUACAACAGGGUAGGGAGUGGCAACCCCCCCCCCCCCCCCCGGAACAUCUCCUGACUUGAAAACCCUACCACUGAGACCUGGGGAAGCCCCUCCCCCAGAUACUGCCUUGAGGCCCCCCCCCCCCCCCCCCGCCCCAGACAUCUGCUGGGUUCCCACCAAAGUACUUUAAAUGAGAAUUGAAUAACCAUUUUGCUCUGAGGAUUUAGAACACGGCUUGUAACCAUACUUCCGUUUUUUUUCCAUUCGAACUUCAUGGAAGGGUGGGAUGCUAGUUACAAACUGAAAUCGUUAUUUGUGAUUUAAUGGCAUUUAAACGGCAAAAAUUAAAUUGUUCCCACCAUCUUUGUGAAUGGUUUUUUGGAGGGUGGUAGUUUGGUUGUAGCGGGGAUGCCCUGUUGGCACUCCUAAAUUGUUUUAAAGAAUUAACACCACACGGAGUAGGCAUUUCAAUGUUUCUUCGUUAUUAUUUUUAACUUUGUUCGUUUUGACAUGAUGUAUUUGUCCAGGUUUUGUUAGCCAUUCUCAGCCUGUCUGUUAGAUCAGGAAGAGCAGGAUGCUAAAUCCAAUAAAAAUAAAAUAAAUACAUUUAACUCCUAAAUGACCCAAAUUGGGAGUGAGGUGGGUGAUAAGAUACUAAGGUUGACAAUAAGAUGUAGGGCACAUGACAUGAAAUCUUUAAAGCUGUGUCCAUCCUAUACCUGAUUCACAUAAUUGCCAUGUCUGGGACUGAGGUGUCUGAAGAACCUACUUCUCUCGUAUGCUCCUGCCCAGGAAUAAAACAAGGCCUUUUCGGUGGCUGCCCUACAAUUAUGAAACAACCUCCCUGCGAAGGGGUGCCUGGCUCCUGAUCUAUAGGAAGCAGCUGAAGGCAGUUUUGUGUAGGACUACAUUCAAUUAAUUUACUAACAGUCCUAAAUGGUUAUUUUUUAAAAAACAAAUUAACAUAUUUUAUGUAUUCUGCUUUAUGCAUUUUAUCUUAUUGCAAGCCGCCAAGAGCUUUGUAAGGUAGAAAGGCAGCUCAUAAAGAUUUUUAAUCAAUAAAUCUUUGUGGGCCCAGCCACAGCUAAGGGAAGGCUCUACCGAUUUUCCUUCCAAACGUGGGUUCUCUUUUAAGAUGUCCUCUACUAUAUGUGCUAUUAAUUUUGCAAUCAAUUUCGUCGCUCGACUUUGAGUGUGUUAUUUUUUGGCUUUGUUUUGUUUUGUGAUGGCCUAUGGCAAAAAACAAUAAAAUUUUACUUCUA